GAUCUUCCAUCUCCCCGAGAGCUGGAGCAAUUUGUUUGAAAUCACCCGACAGCUUGGUCAGGGCAAAGUCAAUCCAUUCUUCAUCUUGCUUGCUCGAGAUUUUGGGAAAUGCUUGAGAUAAUGCAGUCAGGAUAGCCUUGUUAUCCUUGUGCGUGCUACCACUGGAUUGCAGCGAUGCAGUUGAGUCCUUCUUGCCAUCUUCCAAGAGCGCCUUGUCUGCGAGAUCAAUUUUGACGCUGUCUGCCUCGACAAGAUUGGCGUAGCUAGCCACCAGGUAUGGAGCAUAGGCAAAGGGCUUACCCUUGAGGGCCAGCGUGAGUUCUGCCAUGUCUCCUUCUCGAAACACCUAUAGCUGUACUGUGCUGGUUUGAGGUCGUGCGCCGUGACUGCUUGGAGCCGACAUUUCUUUUCCUGACAUCGACAAGCAAUGAACACGGUGAACAGAUCGAGCCUUAGACAAGCAGAUGGCGGAUCAGAUCAAGGAGGCAGUGGCCGCCGUCACAGACAAGGUGCAGGCCCUGGCAACAGGCGACAAGGCCCCCGCCAACGAGGCGAAUCUGCAGCUCGAUGAGGUGACAGGCGAGAUGGUAUCCAAGAGCGAGUUCAAGAAGCGCAAGAAGCAGCGCGAGAGAGACGCAGAGAAGGCUGCAAAGCAAGCUGCGAAGCCGCCGAGAGAGGCUGUCAAGGCCAAGGUGGAAGGCCAGGAUGCACAGGGAGAGGACAUCUCGCCCAAUGAAUUCCACAAGAUCCGGUCAGCGACCAUCAAUGCAAUGCGCGGCAAGGUUGCUGAGGGAGGCUUGACCCCAUACCCUCACAAGUUCAACGUCUCUCAUCGCAUCCCAGAGUUCAUCUCACAAUUUGAUCAUCUGGCUCGUGGCGAGUCGCUGCAGGAAAAAGUCGUCUUUGUGGCCGGUCGUGUACACAAUAAGCGCGAGUCUGGUGUCAAGCUCAGGUUCUACGACUUGCACGGAGAAGGUGGCAAGAUUCAAGUCAUGUGUCAGGUACAGGAUUCUGCAGAGGGUCUUGACUUUGUCGCCAUGCACGAACGCAUCAAGCGCGGAGAUAUUGUCGGUGUGCGUGGACACCCUGGACGCACUGCUCCUCGCGGACGCGAAGGUGGUGAGCUCAGUAUCUUUUGUGCAGAAAUCAUUCUGCUCAGUCCUUCAUUGCACAUGCUGCCUAAGGCGACCAGUGGGCUGAAGAACCAGGAGACUCGAUACCGGCAGCGGUACCUCGAUCUCAUCAUGAACAACUCUACGCGCGACAAGUUCAUCACGCGCACGCGGAUCAUCAAGUACAUUCGCAAGUUCUUGGAUGAUCGUGACUUUAUGGAGGUCGAGACUCCCAUGAUGAACAUGAUUGCCGGAGGUGCCACCGCCAAGCCAUUCAUUACGCACCACAACGAGCUUGACAUGGACAUGUUUAUGCGUGUUGCCCCUGAGCUCUACCUCAAGAUGCUCGUCGUUGGAGGCCUUGACCGAGUGUACGAGAUUGGACGGCAAUUCAGAAACGAAGGUAUUGAUCAGACACACAACCCGGAAUUCACUACAUGCGAGUUUUACCAGGCAUACGCCGAUGUGUAUGAUUUGAUGGAGAUGACUGAGAUUAUGGUCUCCGAGCUUGUCAAGGAGAUCACAGGCAGCUACGAGAUUGUCUACCAUCCUCAAGGCCCAGAGGGCGAAGCCAUGCACAUCAACUUUGCCCGUCCAUGGCGACGAGUUGAUAUGCUUCCCUAUCUGGCAGAGAAGCUCAAGGUUGAAUUUCCACCUGCCAAAGAUCUUCAAACACCAGCCGGCAAUGAAUUUUUGCGCCAGUUGUGCAAGAAGCACCAGGUAGAGUGCUCGCCACCCCACACUAGUGCUCGUCUGCUCGACAAACUUGUUGGUGAAUUCAUUGAGUCUGAAGGUGUCAGCCCUCUGUUUAUCACCGGUCACCCACACAUGAUGUCGCCGCUUGCCAAGUCGCAUAGAGACGUACCUGGCAUUUGUGAGCGUUUCGAGGUCUUUGUUGCCACAAAGGAAAUUUGCAAUGCCUACACGGAGCUGAAUGAUCCAUUCGACCAGCGCGCCCGAUUCCAGGAGCAAGCCGCACAAAAGGAUCAAGGUGACGAUGAAGCACAGCUUGUGGAUGAGACAUUCUGUACCAGUCUUGAGUAUGGACUGCCGCCUACCGGAGGCUGGGGUCUCGGUGUUGACAGGCUGGUCAUGUUCUUGACGGAUUCGAGCAAUAUCCAGGAAGUCUUGCUCUUCCCUAUGAUGAAGCCGCUGCCCAAGUGAUCUAGAUUGCUAUAGAGUAUAGUAUGCCUACUAUCGCCAAUGCUAUGGAAAGUACUGAGUGUGCAGAGACUGUUCCCGAGACACGGACUGUGGCGUCAUGCUUUGGCGCAGCUGUAUUGGCAUUGCUCAAUGCU